AUCCUCUAAUGCGCGCGCCUCGCCGUGAUGACGUCAGCGCUGACGCGUUCAUUCAGCGUCGAGUCUUCAGAGCUGAGUUCAGCUGUAAAUACUGGAAUAUUCCCAUCAGUCUACAAGUGAAGACGAGCAUCAGACCAUCAGGAAGAAGAGAAAUCUGCAAAGACAGAGUUUAUUGAAGGACAGUGAGAAGAUGAGUGAUCCAGAACCCUGCAGAAUUAAAGAGGAGGAGACUGAAAAACUAAUAGAUGUGAUGGUGAAGACUGAAGAUCUGAGUGAAGAUGAGGAGAAACAUCAUGUCAAAGUUGAAGAAGAAACUCAAUCAGAGAUUAAACAUAGUAUUUCAGUGAAAACAACAACUGUAAAAAGUUGCACCUGCACACAGUGUGGAAAGAGUUUCCGACAUAAAUGUGAUCUCAUUCGCCACAUGAGGAUCCACACUGGAGAGAAACCUUAUGAGUGUUCACACUGCCACAAGAGAUUCAGUAAUCCAACACACCUGAAAACACACGAGAGGGUUCACACUGGAGAGAGACCGUAUCACUGCGCUGAUUGUGGGACGAGUUUCAAAGAUUCAUCUGCUCUACAAAGGCACAGAAAAAGAUACCACUGUCUGAUGGUGGAGGAGGAGAGUGAAGAUCAAAAACGUUUCACCUGCGCUCACUGUGGAAAGAGUUUCAGGUGUAAAUACUAUCUCAAGCAGCACAUGAAGAUUCACACUGGAGAGAAGCCACACAAAUGUGAUCAGUGCAGCAAAACAUUUUUGAAGGCUUCAGCACUGAAGAUCCAUCUUAGAAUUCAUACAAACGAGAGGCCUUACUCGUGUUCAGAGUGUUCGUGGAGUUUUACGCAUCAAAAUUUCUUAAGAGAACAUCAGAAGAUCCACACUGGUGUGAGAAAGUUUGCGUGCGAUAAGUGUGAGAUGACUUUUAUUAGAGCCGGACAGCUGAAAAUACACCAGAGGGUUCACACUGGAGAGAAACCGUAUAAGUGUUCACACUGCAUCAAGAGAUUCUGUCAUUUACAAAACCUGAAGGCACAUGAGAUGAUGCACACUAGACAGAAGCCAUAGCCAUGUGCUUAAUGUUGGAAGAGUUUCACACAGUCAUCACAUCUAAAUGAACACAUGCUGAUCCACACUAGAGAGAGACCACGCAGAUGUGAUCAAUGCGGCAGAACAUUUACAAGGCCUGCAGAGCUGAAGAAACAUCUCAGAGUUCAUACGAAGGAGAAGCCUUAUUCAUGCUCUGAGUGUGGAAGGAGUUAUAGACAUCUGCCAAAUUUAAAGGAGCAUCAGAAGAUCCACACUGGAGUGAGAGAGUUUGAGUGCUUGGAGUGUGGGAAGAGUUUUAUUAGAGCUGGAGAAUUGAAACAACACCAGAUGAUUCACACUAGAGACCUUACAAGUGUUCACACUGCGACAAGAGAUUUAGUUGGUCACAAUCCCUGAAAACACAGGAGAUGAUGCACACUGAAGAGAAACUGUUCACAGCACAGUUAUAUUUAAGUUUGUUGUGGAAGUUUGCAUCAGAUGAGGGAGUUCAUUUUGGCUGCUUAACCCCUUUGAGCUGCCAUUGGUCUGUGGUGAUUCUGCAGUCAGUGGGUCUGUUCUGGAGCUCCGGCUUCUUUGACGUGCGGUUUUCAUCCCUCAAAUUAUUUCUCAAUCCACGAUGUUUUGAAAGGAGUUCCAAAACAGCAACACUAGCCACAUGAAUACACUGGAGAGUGGAGCAGCAGAGCUGGUGCAGAUAUAUCCGCACCUGUACAAUCUCUCACGUAGAUAUUUUGAAAAGGGUCUCACACUGAACGAGAAGCCCUUGUUGUCUUUUCUAUGUCUUUUGUCUUUUAGUUUUGUAAGGGGGAAACGUGCUCCACAAUAAUAACCGUCUAGUUUUGUCGCAAGGGUUGCGUUUCUUUUUUUUGUUCGGUUGAUGAAGCUCACCGCUGCUGCGCAUAUGGACGUUAACAUUACGGUUCUUUAUUUCACCGAAACGGCAGUAAAGACUUGGAAUUUUGCAAAACAAGACGGAGAUUUAAUUGCAGCGAUUACAAUGUAGGGUACGUUAUUUAUACUCUCCUGGAUUUUCUACAAGUGCGCCGUUUGCAUCUGAUUUUUAUAUAACACGUAACAUAUUUAUACACCUAGCUAGACCUGUAUAUAAUCUUUAUUGGGGCUGUCAAAUGAAUUAUCGUGUUCCACAAAAGUUUGUAGACAUGAUUGUAAGGUGUUGAAUGGAUGUUGAUUACAUGCCGCCUUUUUCUUCCGU